GCCGACUGCCCGCCUUGCCAUGGUGGUGGACCAACUCCGCGACGCGACCACUUGUCUGGAGAGUGUCCUGGAUACGCUGAACAGCAUCCAAGCGUGCGACGCAACUGAAGUCACCCAACUGAGGGACCAGGUGAGGACUCUCGAGACACAAGCACGGGAGAGUGCGAACGAGAUUACAAGGCUGCGACAGCAAGUGCUCAACCUCCAGGAACAACUUCGCGAUGUCAAUGAAACGACAGUCCAUGCGACCAUCCCUCCCUUGAAUCUAUCCGACGGCGCCAUAUACGGCAUUGGAUCCACAGGCGACGUCGUGAGAAGCCAUGCCGACACGAUUCCAAGUCCCAAAAGCCCCCACGGGCGAACAGGUUUUCAAGACUGCUUGUCCGACGAAGAAAAUGAAGAAAUUACCACGACUUUAUCACACCUUGUCGACCACGGAAACUACGACGCUGUGCGGCAUCGCGCGUCAUUCAGUCUCGUUCUACGCAGCGACAACGUCCAGGAUGAGUUCGUGCCGCCACACCGCACGAUUCGAACCAAAUGUCAUGCGAAAAACAGCGUCCAGAUGAAGUGGGCGCGCACGACGGGACCCAAGACCAUUCUGCUCGUGAAAAAACCCAACGAACUCGACGUCACCAGCGCAAUGCGGGAGGUGGCUUCGUGGCUCAUGCAUGAAAAGGGAAUUCGAGUAUUCUUGGAACCUAAAGUGCACGUCGAAGAAAAACUGGCGGGGACAUUCACAUGGAGUGAUGAUCAGGACUGGCAGCACAAGAUCGACUUGGUCGUGUCAUUUGGCGGAGACGGCACUGUGCUGUGGGUGUCGAACCUCUUCAAAACGAACGUGCCGCCGGUUUUUUCGUUUGCGAUGGGGUCGCUCGGCUUCCUCACGCCGUUCGAGUUUUCUCGCGCCGACCGCUCUGGCGGCAAUGAAGGUCCCCACUACAAAGAUCACCUGGAACGGCUCAUCCGCGGAGGAUUCAAUCUAUCGUUGCGCCAUCGCCUCGUGUGUACGAUAUUCCGAAAGCAAUUGUCGCUUGAACCUGCAAUCCCACCAGUUCACGCCCUAAAUGAAGUCGUGGUGGAUCGUGGGGUCGGUGCGGCUUUGGUCGAACUCGACUGCUUCUGCGAUGACGUCGAGUUGACCAAAAUCAGCGCCGAUGGAAUUAUCAUAGCUUCCCCGACAGGUUCCACCGCGUACUCGUUGUCGGCGGGAGGCAGUAUCGCCCAUCCAAGUGUGCCGAGCAUGUUGUUCACGCCCAUUUGCCCCCAUACAUUGUCAUUUCGGCCACUCCUGUUCCAUGACAGCGCGGUGCUGCGAAUUGUCGUGCCCACGACUGCUCGGUCGACAUCCGUCACGGUAUCGUUUGACGGUAAGCACCCCGUGAAGCUCUUCCGCGACGAUGCCUUGGAAGUCCGAGUGUCUUCAUUUCCCCUGCCCAGCGUAUGCAACUUGAACGAGAACGAAGACUGGUUCAAAUCGGUUAAGAACAAUCUGUACUGGAACCAGCGAAAGGAGAUGAAACCCUUGCACGAGACGGCCGUGUAGAUUGAGCCGCGCGCUGCUCCUGCGAUGGAGGCGCAUAACUUAUACCGAACUACUUCAUCGUCCUGUUUCUGUGCGGAGGAACUGCAUGGCGUUCGUGGCGCUCGACUACGUUUUGUAGUCGGGGUUGACGUGGGCUAUUGUGUCUUGCAAGAGGAGCAUGACCUGAUCGUGCAUUUCGUGUUGCGAAUGACACCACGCAGCGCUCUCUUCAUCGUUGUCGCUCCCGCUCGUGCGGCCCCCAUCAGUCGCGAUGUUGUCGCCUGGGAGAAACUCGAGAACAACGGGCGUGGAUAAACGCUGGAGCACGUCCAUGACCCCGCGUACGCUUUGACGCUCUACGUUGACGCCGUUUAUCGACACAAGCACGUCGCCAAGACGGCAACUCAUGAUCCCUGACGUGAUCCCAUGACCCUGCGACAACUUUUCCACGCGGCACCCCACCGACGAAUUGAAGAAUCGAAUGCCUACAUCACCGCGCUUCCACGUCAACGUAUAUCGAUCCCGCGGCUGUGCAAGCAAAGUUGAGCUUGGCGAUGGAGGCGAUGCUGUCGAAGCAGCCCAAUUGUGUUUUCUGAGUUGCGCAUAAAUCUUGGCCUGGGUGUGCAUUGCUCGGCGUAGAGCGUUGAGUUGGGUGACAAGAGACGCGAGAUGAUCGUUUUCGUCUUCGUCAUGGUCCUUGACUUUAGAGUCUGUGGACUCACCAAAGCGAACUUUGGCGGUGCUCGACACAUUUUGAGGUGCAUCACUCGACGACGGUUCGUUAGACCGAGUAGGCACUAUGUUUGCAUCACUGUCGACAGCGAGCAGCUGAACGUGAGAUGCAGAGAGACCAUUUUUCUCCGCGAUAUGACUCGGGAGUUGACCGUCGUGAUUACUUUCGAGACGUCCACCAGGAAACGCUUGAAUGAUAGACUCGAAAAGGGAGAGGGGAAUAUCUGGGUCUUGACAAGCCCAGUGGAGGGGAAGGUUGCCACGUGUGUCCCGAUCGCAUGCAUGGGAGCUGUCUUCCUCCAACUUCGCCUGCAGCUUCUUCCAUUCGCGGAACUCCGCCAACACGCAAGCAGACUCGGGUGCCUUGGACCGACUCAUUAUGUACAGUACUCGUCCACCCGCAGUGGG